UUCCCAGUAGUGUAUAAUUUAUCUUAUAUAAUAAUAUUAAUCAAUUAAUCAAUAAAUGAUUGUUGCUAAAAUGACGACACAUGAAAACAUAAACCCUCCAAAGAAAGGUGAUCUGACAGGUGAAGAGAAAGAAAUGAUACAAGUGGCUGCAGCAGGGGACGUGAAGGAGGCCAUCCAGCUCCUCAGCAAUUCAAAUGUACGAGUUAACUGUCUGGAUGAGUAUGGCAUGACCCCUCUCAUGCACGCGUCCUAUAAGGGCAAAGCCGACAUGUGCAGACUGCUGCUGCAGCACGGAGCCGACGUCAACAGCAAUGAGCAUGAGUAUGGGUACACCGCCCUCAUGUUUGCUGGACUCUCAGGUAAUGCUGAAACCACAGAAAUGAUAUUAGAUGCUGGAGCAGAGACAGACCUUGUCAACUCCGUAGGGCGGACUGCUGCUCAGAUGGCUGCCUUUGUGGGUCAGCAUGACUGUGUGACAGUGAUUAACAAUUUCUUUUCUCGCGCGAGGCUGGAAUACUACACCAGACCCCAGGGCUCAGAAAGAGAGCCCAAGCUACCCCCCAAACUAGCAGGUCCAUUACACAAAAUCAUCAUGACUACCAACCUAAACCCAGUGAAGAUGGUGAUGCUGGUGAAAGAGAAUCCUUUACUGGUGGACGUGGUCGCUCUGGAGAAGUGCUACCGCGUGAUGGAUCUGCUCUGUGAGCAGUGUGUGAAACAGCCGGACAUGAAUGAGGUUCUGGCCAUGAAGAUGCACUACAUCAGCUGCGUGCUGCAGAAGUGCCUGGCCUUCCUGCAGGAGCGCGACCACACGCUGGACGCUCUCCUAAAGAGUCUUCUAAAAGGACGGGAUGGCGACGGCUUCCCUCGGUAUCAGGAGAAGUUCAUCCGAGAUUGCAUCCGGAAAUUCCCAUAUUGUGAGGCAACUCUGCUCCAGCAGCUGGUCCAUUGCAUAGCACCCGUGGAAAUAGGGGGCGACCCUACAGCUUUCUCGGUUCUGACCCAGGCACUGACGGGGCAGAUGGUUCUUAAAGACACUGAGUACUGUGCUACUUGUGGGGAGAAGGAUGCAGACAAGAAGUGCUCGUACUGUAAAAUGGUGGUCUACUGUGGGCAGGCGUGUCAGAGGUUACACUGGUUCACCCAUAAGAGGCAGUGCAGAGCGCAAUACGUCCAACGAAACAGCCCAGCCAGACCUUUGAGAGAUCUCUCCAGCAGCGCCCAUGACAGGGAUGUAGCGGAGGCCACCAGCUCAAUGUUGGCUCUGUGUCUGGACUUUUCACACUGUGCUUUUGAUGACACCCCUGCAGAUGAUCUCCCUGCUGAACAGGACUGAGACACACAAAUACACUACCAUUCAAAAGUUUAGGGUCACUUACUCAUUCUGUAAUUUUUCUAAAAUUACAAAAUAAAUCAGAAGUGUUAUACUUGAUCAUCUUCAGUGUAGGCACUUUAUAUUUAGUUUUAUAUUGGAAAAAAUGUGCUCUUGGCAUUUUAUUAACCAGCUUUUUGAGCUCUCACACUGGGAUGCUUUUAAAACAGUAUUGAAAAACAUUCCAUCUCUUAUGAGCUCUUAGUGACUGCUUGAUUUUGUCAUUUAUUUCAACAUUAUUUUAAUAAAACAGUUUAUUGUAAAUGUUUGCACAGUAAUAUAUUUUUGUCCAUAAAACUAAUUUUAAACAUUUAAGCAUAUUCAGAUCAAAACAUUUUUAAUAGAAUGAGUUUUAGUUAAGUGACCUUAAACUUUUGAAUGGUAGUGUAGGCCUAUAUGUGGCUCCAUUAUGUGUGUAUGUGUGACUGAGAGAACUUUUGUUUGACACGCGUAUGGUUGGUACUCUUGGGACACAGAGCUGUUGUACAGGGUCUUAUUCGGGAUUCUGGCACCUGUGUGACAGGAAUUCUGGGAGAAUGUUUCUCUUAUGUGGCUUUACAUUGGGUGCUUGGGGAUUAAAAAGGAAAAGACUUGCUCAAGCUUGCUUUUUCUCUUCUAUUAUCCAAAACUUUUUAUUGUUGAAUUUAUCCUUGCAUUAUUUAUGAUGGUUUACUAGUAAAGAUUUGACCUUAAGAAUAGUCCAUAAACUUUUGAUACAGUUGCUUCCUUUUGUCUGAACGUCGGUCAAAUAAACACAUGGAUGGAUUACGUUCAUGCUCUGCAGAGAUAUGACGCAGUUUUACCACUAGAGGGCAACAUCCGUCCUCUCUGAUCGCCAAUUCGCCGCCAGCAGAUUGUAUACGGUACAAUGUUUAUUUUUUAAGAAUGCAUACUUAACCCAACAGAUUUCAGUGUUCACAAACAUAACCGUAUUACCUGUUCAAAUAGGUGACUAGAAUACAUAGAUUUGUAAAAUUUUGAUGCAUCAUCAAGCAAUAUUUAGAAACAUGUUUUCAUGACUGUUAUCUCAAAGAAAUAUCCAUUUAAACAGCAGGCAGCAAGUUAUCGAUACAGUGAGUUUUGUAAGAGCAGGGAUCACCUCUUUAGACUUUCCCACACUUCAUCCUGUUGAACACAUCCUAAGGCACUCACUCACGAUUCUAUAGAAGGCUCUAUCUGUACCUGAGUGCUUUGUUCCCAGUCUCCACAUCCCCUCAUCCCAAGGGACUAUCUCACCCUGUAGGCCAAACCAGGGUCUAUUUAGCACACACUUGUCACGUCGAAUGUCAAUAUACCCAUAAGUCAGUGCUGUAGCCUCUCUGUUUCCCCUGAGAUCCAUCCCUCUCCUGUCUCCAUCUAAGACCAUGUCACAAUUACGGCUGCAUGAAAGGACUAUCUCAAAUAUCCGGUUUUCAGAUGCAGAAAUUAGCGAAUGCCGCAUCGUAUCGCAUGACUUUGAUAUUCCUCUUUCAGGCCCUGAGGUUGCAUAUUCAGCUAUCCCCAAUAAACUCCCCCCCAAAUGAUAUGACUUACAGUGCUUUAUAGGUAAUGAGAGAUCAUUUUGACAGCAGUGGCUUUUGAAACAUUUUACACGCAGUCUUUGACAAUACAGCAAGUCCUGCACAAUAUUAAACAGGUUUUUUUGACCGAAUCAAAGGAAAAAUGUACACUGAAAAAAAUUAUACUUUAAACGAACAUAAUUAAAUUAUUGACAGUGGUUCCACACAAUAGAAAUAUGUUAUACUCAAAUACUUAAUGUAUGAUGAACUAAACUGAACUGAGUAAUCUUAAACAACCAUGUCCAAAUAAUGUCCAAAUAACUUGA